UAAAAAUCGGCACUUGUGUAUUUGUAUAUACGAUUGAUACGGAUUAAUGCCGAUCACUUCAUUCCCAUUCAUCACUCAUCCUCUAAUCCCAUCUAAUACAUCCCUCCUUUCUGUCGUAUAUGUAUGCCCAAAUGCAGCGCCAAUUGCACCAGUUCUAGUCCUUUUGGAAUUUAUAGAAUCCCAGACAAGUUUUGGGAUCUGGGUUUCUUGUUUUUUUAAUUUUUUUUUAUUUGUUUGUUCAAUUGUAUUAAUUGAUUAUGGGUUCGUCUCUGUUGCGAGUUUUGGGUUUUGUUUUUCUUUUGCUGGGUUACUGUUCUUCUUCUACUUCUCCUCUUCAAGACCAAGAGAGAGAUAAGAUCACCGAGUUGCCAGGACAGCCGACCAAUGUUGGAUUCGCUCAGUACUCCGGAUACGUGACAGUUGAUCAACAGGCCGGCAGAGCCUUGUUCUACUGGUUAACAGAGGCACCGGCAAGUCGUCGGCCCGAGUCGAGACCACUCGUUUUGUGGUUGAAUGGAGGGCCUGGGUGUUCAUCUGUGGCUUAUGGUGCCGCUGAAGAGAUCGGGCCAUUCCGUAUCCAUCCCGACGGGAAGACCCUCUUCUUCAACCCCUACGCUUGGAACAAUCUGGCAAAUAUCCUUUUCCUAGAAUCUCCAGCGGGGGUCGGUUUCUCGUAUUCGAAUACGUCAUCUGACUUGUAUACCGCCGGUGACCAGAGGACAGCUGAAGAUGCGUAUACUUUCAUUGUAAAUUGGUUCGAAAGGUUUCCCCAGUACAAGCAUCGAGAUUUCUAUAUUGCUGGAGAAAGUUAUGCAGGCCAUUACGUUCCGCAAUUGUCUCAACUUGUUUACCAGAGAAACAAGGGGCUUCAGAAUCCUUCUAUUAAUUUCAAAGGCUUCUUGGUUGGAAAUGCUGUUACUGAUGAUUACCAUGAUUAUGUGGGCACCUUCGAGUAUUGGUGGAUCCAUGGUUUAAUUUCUGAUGCUACUUACAGAACUCUAAGAGUUGCUUGUGACUUUGGAUCCUCACAACACCCAUCUGUUGCAUGCAUCAAGGCUUUUGAUGUUGCAGAUAAAGAACAAGGGAGCAUUGAUCCCUACAGCAUAUUUACACGUCCUUGCAGUAGCGCGAUAUCUCUCAGGCGCAACUUAAGGGGUCACUAUCCCUGGAUGCCCAGAGCAUAUGAUCCCUGCACCGAGAGGUAUUCGAUAAUAUACUUUAAUCGGCCAGAAGUGCAAAAGGCGUUGCAUGCCAAUUUAACUGCCAUUUCCUAUCCUUGGAAAACAUGCAGUGACAUUGUUGGGGACUAUUGGGCAGAUUCUCCAUUAUCCAUGCUUCCUAUUUAUGAAGAACUUAUUGCUGCAGGUCUUCGGAUUUGGGUAUUCAGUGGAGACACAGAUGCGGUAGUACCUCUGACUGCAACUAGAUACUCUAUUGAUGCUCUGAAGCUACCAACAGUUAUGAAUUGGUAUCCCUGGUAUGACCAUGGAAAGGUUGGUGGGUGGAGCCAAGUGUACAAAGGUCUGACCUUCGUAACAGUAAGGGGUGCAGGGCAUGAGGUUCCACUUCAUCGUCCUCGACAAGUUCUCAUAUUAUUUAAAUAUUUCUUAGAGAAUAAGCCAAUGCCGAGCUAACUGGUUCUCUCUGAUUCAUCAUGUUCCCUUCUCUAUAAGCUAUCUGGGGUCUAGAAGGAAAGAAAUAAGUAGAGAAAUUACCUGCACAUCCAAUUCAUGUUUAGUGAUAGUAUUUGUUUUCUGGGAAGAUUAGGAGGUUUUUCAUCUCCUUGAAACAAAUAAUUCCACUGUUUUUUUAGCUUAUUUAUUCCUCUACACAGAUUCAUGUAAAAGUGUUAACAGAUAAAACAU